CACGUGUGACUUGAAUGUUGGUCCCACAGUAUUAAAGUGUAUAAUAUGGAGACCCCAUCUUCUCAUUCAUGACCAUGAAACAUUGACCAAUGACUGCAUUCAUUGAGUGUUUUGACUGCCGCUACUCUGUUGGUAACAGUUAUUGCGGCUCCAACCAAAUACCGCAGAGGACCACCACUUGUGUUAUGGUGUAAAAUUCCACUCACUACAUAAUAAUAUGUAUGUAUGUAGCUAUAAUAAGUUCAUAAGUUCAUAAGUUCAUAAGCACGACCCGUAGGGCAUUGGCAUACAGAGCUAUAGCGAGAAGUAAAAAUGACGAGAGGAAAUGAGUUAGCUUAGAAAUGAUUUUAUCGUGUGAAAGAUGGUUAACCACGUCAGAAUGUGCUAGGCAUAUGUGGUCGACCCACAAAGAGUCUGUACCCAGAGAGGCCCUAGAAGAUGGACAUAUAAAGAGUCUUCGUAUAGAUUCUGUGGCUGAGCACUUUCAACAGUGGCUGGAGUCCACGUGUUCCCCGAAUACCACGAUCGAGAGCCAGGUCCCACAGUCGGCACCAUGAUGUAACCUCGCCAACUGAGGCUAUGUACUUUGCCGAGGGAUGGGUGGGGGCAGAUCUCAGCAGUACAUCAAAAUCAGACGGUAUGAUAUCUUUUCUCAUAGAUUUCACAAUACUAGGUGCAUCUGUCGGGUAUUGGAGGCACAGAGCAAGGACAUUUGUACUCACAUCCGCCUCCAGCAUUCUACAUUGUUGUACGAUACCCACAUUGCAUACAUCAACAAUCGCCAGAGAGGUGAAGAUCCGGCCACUGAUUUUGUCAUCUGUACUGGAGAGCAACUUGGCCAAAAAGGUAAGUUUGCGAAUUAAAAUACGUGUAGAGACUGAAGGCCACUGCAGCCCUUGUCUCACCACGGUUUUGGAGUGGUGCCUUGGUAGACGACGGAUUCUGCGGCCAAUUUCACAUUAGAAACUCUCCAGCACUUUGAUUGUUGAUGAAUCCAGGAGCCAGGUUUCGCUCCCAUACAGAAGGAUAGGUAUGAUGCAUGUUUCGAAGAUGCUGCAACCCGAGAGAGGGUUCAGACUUAUGAAACGCACCGAUGUUACCAAGUGCAAAGAAGGCUUGCUGACGUUCUCGUGAACAGCACGGGAGGCAGACAUGUUGUAUUGCCACCAGACACCCAAGCACUUGGCGGCAGGAGCUGUUUCUGUUACGACACCAGCGAGCUCCAACCUUUCCGUAUAUAUCCUUUCGAUGUCGGGAAACUCUUACAACCUCCAACUUCGAGGCAUUAAGUUUUAGGUGAUUGUCUUCGGCAAAUUUUUUGAUUUCCCUUGCUUGAUCACACUGGACUUCUUUAGGUUCUCAGAUCAUCAGCAUGGAUCGCAGCCCCAGCAUAGGUUUGGCACACAGAGACACCACAUUUCUUCUCUUCCAGCUGCUUUAGGAGUUGAUCCAUUACAAUCAGGAAGAGGGUGGGGGAGAGAACUGAGCCUUGCUUCACCCCUCUUUCAACAGUAAAAGGUUCGGAUAGUUGGUUGUUGACACGAACGCGACUUGUUGAGUUGGUGUACCAGUUCUUUAUUAGCCUCCACAACUUACCAUUGAUUCCAAUGUUGAAGAGAUGUUGUAACACCACCGAGUAAAAAUGCUUUUUCUAUGUCAAAAAGACAAAGAUAGGGCUGACCACCUUCUCGAAGGUGAUUGGUGAGAGUCUCAAAGAUGGCAUCCAUGCAUGAGACAUCUCCUUGAUAGGCAGUUUGCAGCUGAUCUGGGAAGCCUUGUUCUUCUAGAGGUGAAGAGAGGCAAAGGGAUGAUUUCGAGAACCUUUGACAGCACAGAAGAGAGUGUGAUUCCACGAUAGCUGCUCAUCAGUAGGGGAUCCUUGCCCUGCCUUUUAUAAAUAGGAACAGCCAGGCCUUCUUUCAAGCAAUCUGGAAGUUCUUCGAGUGUAAGAAGGCGGUUAAAGAUUUACUUCAGCCAGAUUUUCAGAACCUCACCACCAUACACAAUGGUUCUGGAGAAAGACCAUCAAGACCUACGGACUUUCCUAAUUUCAGAUUUUUCAGAGCUUUUUCAAUCUCUUCACGCAUAGCUAUCUCUGUGUCGAGGAGCUGUUCGUUAUUGCCAAAGGAUGACACUUCCGUUUCUGAAAGAGCAGCACACUGUUCACUAGAUAGUGGCAGAUCUGACUGUGCAAGGGAACCAAAAAAGAUCUGAAGAUGCCACUUGUAUCUGUGACAGACUGGCCGUCUACAACAAGUUUUGUACAUUCGGUCCUUAGACUUGAACUUUUGAAGCGUAGGGGGUAGUUUUCUUUGAACAGGCGAUCUCUUUCUUGGAUUGUUGAUCGCUCUUGUCUAGCUCUAGCUAUGGCAACGAACUGGCGAACAUUUAUUUUUGUACGUUUCUUUUCUUCUGCCAGUGGGCCAUAAGAGGGACAACCAGCAUCACUCCAUUUUUUCCAAGCGGCUUUGCUGGUUUUGCAUAGAUCUUUGAGCUGAUCAUCCUUAACAAAGGAUCUUUUCUUCUUGGCUUUUUUGUGUGGUAAACACCUCGUUGCAGCACCAAUUAUACCUUUGGUUACAUACGUGAUUUCCCACUGUAGCUCAUGGAUACUUUGAUGUGUAGCAUGAACAAAAGGUGAAGUUAGAGAGGAUACUUGUUCAGCAAAACCAUGUACGUUCCCAUGGAUGGUGUUGAUGCACCAGACAUGAUAAUACUUGGCCCACCAACGACGAUUCUGUUAGGAUAUAAUCCACCAUAGAAUGCGUGGUACUCGAAAAGAAUGUAUAGUCUGGACCGGAGACGAUAUUGCUAAGUAUAGGUUAUGGCGGUGAAUGCAGUUGUGAAGUAAACUUUCACGACCGAAGGACUGGUUUGACUGCGUUAGGUGGACAUUGAAAUCUCCUGCCAGAAUAAUUUGGCCGGUGGGCUGAAGUGAACUGAUGACAUUUUCUAGAUCAGCCAGACAUUCCGCAAAAACGUCUGUUGAAAGAUUACAGCUUGGCAGGUAGACUCCAAUGAUAAACACAUUUUCACAACGAUUCUCUGGCUGAAGUUGAAUGACACAGAAUCUAUCUGAGGCGAUCUUGGUCACAGGGGUGAUCGGAAGAGACUUUUUCCAUAUGAUGACCACCCCACCACAACCUCUUGAGACAUCUCAAUAUCUGGAGGAGUGACAUUUGACUCCGACCAGCUGACCCUCACCUAUAUCUCCACUGGUGGACCUGCUACCACUGUCACUUGGACCAGAGACUCCACCACUGUCACCCAAGGAACCCAGACUGUGUUGAAUGACCCAGUGACUGCAAACUACACCCACACUCUGACUGUGAUUACUGCAGGUAUACAGUGAGUUAUGUAGUGAUAUGCCAGUGACACUGUGACUGUAGACAUGGCUCUUGGGUUAGUUCCUGGACAGCCAACUGCCAGUUUUGACUCCAGCCACUACCAUCUCCCUCUCCUGGAGUGUUCCCAGUGGCUCAGUGGUAAAUGAAUACGUUAUAGAAUGGACUAGAGACACCUCAGUAGGCUGUUCUGAUGAGGACACAAACAGUACCACUAUCACUGCUUCCAGCCAUGCUAUACAUGAUCUAGAGGAGGACAGUAGGUACACCAUCACUGUGACAGCUUCUAAUGGAGCUGGUAGUACUGAAGUCAGUAACACAGUGACUGCGAUGACUGAGGAGGCAGCUCCAUCAGUCUCUCCUCUUGAUGUCACUGUAACUGAUGUGACUUCCUCCACCAUCACUGUCCAGUGGGUGGAGGUGCCAUGUAUCCAUCAGAAUGGAGCCAUCACAGGAUACUCAGUCCAGUAUGGAGUGAUGGGGAGUGGGAGCACACAGAUGUUGACUGUUAAUGGAGCUAUUGAAAACCUCGUGUCAUCCACUACCUACACUAUUGAGGUGGCAGCAGUCAAUGGUGCUGGUACUGGAGAGUACAGUGAGCCAAGAAAUUACGGGGUGUACUUGUUGAGAGGCUCAGAGAUACCAGUGGAGGGAAUCUACACCUGCAGUGCCACCGACAGCUAUGGGAACUCUCGAACUGUGUUUGUCGGUCUCUACAAUGAGCAGGGAGGUGAGGUGGUGAUUGAUGGGGAGAUAGGGUUCACACUGGUUUCAGAGCUCACUGCAGUGGAGCCUCAGUUUACCCUGUCCUGUAACUCCACCGAUGGACCUGCUACAUCUGUCAUUUGGACCAGAAAUUCUGACACAGUUGGUGAAGGAACAACUGUAUUGAACGAUGCAGUGGCUGCCCACUACACCCACACUCUGACUGUGACUGGGAGACUGGGUGGAGUCUAUGUCUGCACCGUUUCUAACAGCAUUUCAACUACUGCUAGUAGUGGACAAAACAUAGAAGUUGCCUCGUCUCCUACAAACUUGAUGGUGACUCAAGAAACCGCAACCUCUUUCAGCCUCUCCUGGACUCCUCCCUCUCCACUGGUACCGUUUCUAACAGCAUAUCAACUACUGCUAGUAGUGGACAAAACAUAGAAGUUGCCUCGUCUCCUACAAACGUGGUGGUGACUCAGGAAACUGCCACUUCUUUCAUGGUCUCUUGGACUCCUCCCUCUCCACUAGGAGACACCACUGGCUACAUCAUCUCCUACCUAGGAGGCGGCAGUGGUAGUGUGAAUGUUGCCAGUGGCUCAACUGACAGCUUCUCACUGACUGGUCUCGAUAGUGGAGAGACCUACACCAUUUCCCUUAUUGGAAAGUCUCGACAUAUCCCUAGUGCUGCAAUCACAGCUCAAAUUGUACCAAUCCCAGCUCCAGGACAGGUGUUUGUGUCAG